AUGGGCCGGGCCGGGCUUUUUUCCAAUGGGCCGGGCGGGCCCCCAUCGGCCCAUGAGCCCGUGGGCCAAAUGAUGAGGCCUAAUGUCAGGGGAAUUUCAAAGACUGCCAAUGUCAAGAGGCUAGGUCUUCUGGGUAUCAGGCGCCAACCAAAACAGAAGAAGGAAGAAGGAAGAAGGAAGAGAAGAACUCACCAGCGCCGUCGCACCGACCGCCGCCGCACCCAGCUUCGUCGCUCCAUCGCCGUCGCCACUCAGUUUCAUUUGGUUGGGGUUUCUUACGCAGCUCAAGAUGCUUCGGCAGAGGGUUUGAGGAAUGACCUUGAGCUAGAGAGAUCAUCCUCUGGAAAGCAUAUUAAAAAUUUGAGACCAUCAGCUUGA